UAGAAGCUGCUCCAGGCAGCCUUACUUGCUCCAGCACCAUUUCCCUUCAGACAAAAUGAAAAUCCUUGUGUUAUUUCUGGUGGUGCUAGCCACCUUUGGAACACAAUCUUAUGGAUUUGAGGUAUAUAACAUCAUCAGCCCAAACAACAAUGGUGGGAAUAUUCAAGAGACAGUGACAAUUGACAGUGAAAAAAAUGUCGCCAUCGUUAACAUCCAUGCAGGACGGUGCUCCUCUACCACGGUUUUUGACUAUAAACAUGACUACAUCGCAUCCAGGAUGUUCUCCCGAAGGGCGUGCUACAUCCUGAAGAUGGACCACAAAUCUAUCCCUGCCCUGGACCAACUCAGACGAUACAUCUAUGAGAUGCAGACUCUGAACACCAUGUUAUCCAACAAAUAUACCUGGGUCAAGUACAACCCACUGCAGUCUCUGAUCACAGAUUUGAAAUGGCUUGUGUUUGGGUCACCCAUCGAGCAGCUCUGCAGAAAUGUCCCCUUGUAUAAGGGAGAAGUGAUUGAAAAGACACAUGACAUUGGUGCUCAAGGCUGUGCAAAGGCUGGGAUUCUGGGCAUCUUUGGGAUUUCCAUCUGUGCGGAUAUUCGUGUUUAAGCAUCAGCCCACUGAUUGCAUCUUUUCAAAGAAACACGUCCUUUGGUUUCUACUCAGCAGCCAAAUUAAAUUCUUUCCCAAUGUCCCAACUAAUUUUGAGAAUCAGUAGUAAAACAUAAAUACUACAUUCACAGAUA